AUGACUUUCUUUCAGAAACUAUUCCUAUUCGCUUUUGCGCCGCUUGCUGCGUUUGUUGUAUUGCGAGAAUACUCUCCGGGAUUGUUUCGCGCCCUCGAAGAUGCCAUACAACCCUACAUAGCGGGAUCACCGUUCUCUCAGUACUUUGGAGAGCGGCCAUUUGCUCGAUCAGAGAUCCCGCUCCUGGUGUCCAGCGUAUCGCAUCAAUCACACUUCGAAAAGAUGGGCGCCAUUGCGGCGGCACUGGCAGAGCUUGGGCAUCCAGUGACGUUCAUUUGCGGGAAGGUGUUCGAAGACGCUGUGAAUAAGCUGCAUCCAAACAUUAACUUUUAUCCAUUCCAAGGCCUGGACGAUAAGUUGAGCGAGGAGGAUCUGGCCUACUGGAUGUCGCUCCCAUCCGGAGUGGAAGCUGAAAUUUGGGUUACGACCAAGGUGAUCGUGGAAGGCGCGCCAGACGCGCAUAAUACCUACCAAGCCUACUUUAAAGAAUUCAAAGAGAAGUAUGGCAAUGAUAAGCCGCUUAUCUCACUCUAUGACCAAACUGUUGCGGGGCACCAGACUUUCCUGCUUGGAGUUCCCGGUAUCAAACCGGAUGUCAGCAUUGGCAUUAGUGUAAUGCCUCUUUUGGUGCAUUCUAAUGAUACAUACCCUGCGCGCACCGGCAAGAAACCUCAUCAAGGCCCGAAUGCGAGAGCGAUACAUCAAAGAGCUUACGACGGCCAUGGGGAUCAGUACGAAUGGGAGAUCAGCAAGGCGUGGUGGGCGAAACUGAGGGAGAUGGGAUCUACUCGAGACGACUUUCCGCAGAUAUUGGACGGCAUGAAUCGCGUUCCAGAUCACCUGAUCACGAUGGGUGUCCCAGAGUUCGAGUUUCCCCGUACCGACCUAGGUUUUGACCUGCGGUACUUUGGCGCUCUAAGGAAAGUGCAGAAGAAGUCAAGUGCGACCCCAGAUCUUCCAACUUGGUGGGAUGACCUGCAACAAGCCAAGGAGAAGGGUAGGAAGAUCGUUGCUGUCAGUCAAGGGACUGUCGAGACUAAACCCGAGGAGCUAAUCCUUCCCACUCUGGAGGCUCUGAAAGGUCGCGACGAUGUGUUGGUAAUUGCAACGUUCUAUCUUUACGAACCUGAAGAAGUUGAGGGUUUAGUGGUACCAGACAACGCGCGCGUAUCGAAGUAUAUUCCACACGACGAGCUUCUCCCUUUCGUCGAUGUGAUGGUCGCCAAUGGAGGUUAUGGGGCUGUACAGAAAUGCUUGAUGUCUGGCAUACCCAUGGUCAUAUCCGGUGUAGGCCAAGACAAAGCUGUUGUCGGUGCGCUUGCCGACUUCACUGGUGUCGGAAUCAACCUCGAAGCGCAAGAACCUGGUGCCGAAAGGAUCAAGGAAGCAGUUGAAAAGAUCCUCAACGAGCCAAGCUACAGAACUAAAGCGAAAGAGCUCAGCAAAGCGUACGACAGAUAUGACAUGCAGAGAGAGUUCGAUAGUCUUGUGCAGGAUGUUGUGAGGGACUGGCAGAAGAAGCGGAAGAGUGUCACCAAAGACUUGUGA